AUGGCUGCCAUGAGAACCAUUCUCCUCGCCAUGGCCGCGAUGGCCAUCCUGAGCACCGCAUCGGCGGCAAACUACAACGUCGGCGAGCCAGGUGGUGCAUGGGACCUCAGGACCAACUACGGCACCUGGGCGUCAUCCAGGAACUUUCACCCCAGCGAUCAAAUUGUCUUCAAGUACUCUCCUCAGGCACACGAUGUCCUUGAGGUCAGCAAGGCCGAUUACGACUCCUGCAGCACCGCCAGCCCCAUCGCCACCCUCAACUCCGGGAAUGAUGUCGUCUCCCUCACUGCCACCGGCACCCGCUACUUCCUCUGUGGCUUCCCGGGCCACUGCGCGGGGGGAAUGAAGGUCAAGAUCGAUGUCGUGCCAAGCUCGUCCUCUUCCUCCCCGGCCCCGGCCAGCAGCCCCAGUGCAAGCAAUGCUCCCCCGCCGGCGCCUGUCUCUGCCGCCACCUCUAUGGAGGCCACAGGGUUUAGCCUCGCCGUCUUGCUUGCCGUUGCCGGUCUGAUGGCUUGA